AUGCCAGCAGCUCGGGACGAUAUUUUGAAGGCACUGCAGAAAGGGCCCAUCGCUGUUGUCGACCCUGCCAUUGGCAGACUCAAGAGCGCAGAAAGCAUCUUCCCCAAAGGCAUUAGUGACAACAGAUCUUUGCAGUGUGUAAAUGUUGGUUUAUAUGAAGGAGUCAACCAAUACCUCUGUCACAACGCCUCAUCCAACAAGAAACUCAGAAAGAUCAAAUGGAGCGACCUCGUCCCUGGCGCAUCGCGCGCACAGAGCUUGAAGCAGAAAGGUCUGUGGGAAGCGCUAGACUUCUUCCUGACGCUCCUGGCUGCCAACCGUGCGCUUUGCACCGCGGUGAAGGCGUACCUGGACGCGUUCUUCGUCAAUCCGGGCACCGCUGCUUGCAACACGGCCACGCGCGCGCGGCUCGAGGCGUGCUUCGCUCACAUGCUGGCCGCCGCAUCCCCGGAGCCAGCUGCAGAUGUUAUGCCGCCGGCUGCAAGCACUCAGCCCCCAGCUGCGAACGCCAAUCCCAACAUGUCGAACGGCGACACGAUUGCGUCGCUUGAUCUCCUGCACCUCGAUCCAUCGCUCAUCGCUGAUCUGCCAGAUCUUGAGGAUCCCGAUGAGCAGGAUUUCGAGGACAUGCUUCGACUGUUCGGCGUCGAAGCAGCUCGGGAUCAGGCGUAA